UAGACUUAUUGCCCUCUGGGAGCAGACAGAGAGAACGGGCGGGGUAGCAAAAGUGUGGGGUAGAAAGAGGAGGAAAAGCAGAGAGCUGUCAGACAGACAUUCACACACAGCCACAGAGAAACUAUUUCAGCCAUGGCCUCGGAGAGCGAGAUUGAGCUAGAGUUCGCUGAGGACCUGCAGCUGACCGAGGUGAUGCGGCUGAGGGCUCAGUCUCUGCAGCAGCGUGGCCAGAAGAGGCAAGACGGUGAACGUUUGCUUCUACCCCAUGAGGCAGUAUACCGGCUGGACUUCACCGAUCAGGAACUGACCUUUUCUCACUGGAACGUGACCCUGACCGGAGCAGGCCGCCUUUCCAUUACAGGUAUCUCCCAGCUGUGGACGCCUGACCUCACCAACCUGAUGACGCGCCAGCUUCUGGAGCCAACGGGCCAGUUUUGGAGAUCGGCUGGUGACCCAGAGGAUGCGCCCAUUAAAUGCCUAGAGGCUGACAUCCAGGAGUUUGGAGAGAGGAUCGCUGAGCUGGCCAAGGUCAGAAAGGUCAUGUACUUCCUGUUCGCAUUCAAGGAGGGAGUGGAGAAAGACGGCGUAAAGUGCUCGGUGGUGUUCGAGAGGAACGCCUAG